AUGGACCCCACGCAUUGUCAGACAGCCCACCAAAUCCGCCUCCUCGGACGCCAAAACCACAUAACCAACACCUCGGGCUUAGCCCCAGGAUAUCUCCAAGCCAAUCUUCUCAUUCUUCCCUCGAAGCACGCCGAGGAUUUCCACAACCUAUGUCUCCGCAACCCGGUCUCCUGCCCCUUACUGGGGCUCACCCCUAAGGGCAACCCCAACACUGUUUACCCGUCAUCCUGCAUCAAAUACGACGACUUCGACCUCCGAACGGACUGUCCCAAAUACCGUGUUUAUAAAGAUGGCAAGUAUAUUGAGAGUCGUACCGAUCUCCUCAACCUCUGGACAGACGACUAUGUCGGUUUUCUAAUCGGAUGCUCUUUUUCCUUUGAAGAUGCCCUGGCUGACGUGGGCCUGAAACCGAGACACCAAGCCACGGGAACCAUUGUUGCCAUGUAUAAAACACGGAUUCCAUUGUUAACAUCGGGAAUCUUCAAGGACGGGACUUGCAUUGUCUCGAUGAGACCCUAUCGGGUGGAAGAUGUAGAGAGGGUUCGGGAGAUCACCAGACCCUUCCUGGCCACACAUGGGGAGCCGGUCGACUGGGGAUGGGAUGCCCUUGAGCGGUUGGGGAUUAGCGAUAUCGAGAAGCCGGAUUUUGGAGAGAGACAGGCUUUUGAGGAGGGGGAAGUUCCAGUCUUUUGGGCGUGUGGCGUCACACCGCAAAUGGCCGUGGAGUCGGCAGGAAGCCGGAUCGAAGGGCUGGUAUUCGCGCAUGAGCCAGCCCAUAUGUUAGUUACGGACUUUACCGUCAAAGAUUUGGAAAUAUUGGGAAAGCCCCUUUAUAACUAA